CAAAGCGGAAGUGGAAGCUCAAGGAAACCGCAGCAGCUGUAGCGGAGGAUAAGGAUGUGAAAGCAGGGAAAAUAACGUUCGUUCGCAGGGUUUUUAAAACACAGACACGCAGUUAGAGCGAGGACGAGAGUCUCAGCGAAGAGAAAAACAUGAUUUUAACUCUGUACGCCACGGUUUUAUGCGUCAUUUCUUGUGUGGGAGCCGCGGCGGGAGGAGGCGACGAUGACUGGGUUCAUCUGCCGAACAAAUGUGAAGUCUGUAAGUUCGUCAGUAUUGAGAUGAAGUCUGCGUUUGAUGAGACGGGGAAAACCAAAGAGGUCAUCGGCAGGAACUAUCGCUUUAUUGACAGCAAGGGGGCGCCACCCAUCAAAUAUGUCAAGUCAGACCUCAGGUUCAUCGAGGUGGUGGAGAACGUGUGUCAGAGGCUGCUGGAGUACAACCUGCACAAGGAGAGGAGCGGCAGCAACCGCUUCGCCAAGGGAAUGUCGGAGACCUUCUCCACUCUUCACGGUCUGGUGAAUAAAGGCGUGAACGUGGUGAUGGACAUUCCCUACGAGCUGUGGAACGAGACGUCGGCCGAGGUCGCCGACCUCAAGAAACAGUGUGAUGUGUUGGUGGAGCAGUAUGAGGACGUGAUUGAGGACUGGUACAAAGGAAACCAAGAGGAAGACCUGACCACGUACCUGUGUGAGAAACAUGUUCUUAAAGGAAAAGAUGCAGACUGUCUGAAAGAGGACUUGUCACUCAGGAAGAAGGGAGACCACGCCGCCAUCGCGGAGGACAAGAAGAAGAAGAAGAAGACGACAAAGAAAGGAGGGAAGAAAGAAAAGAGCGGAGGAGACGACGGCUCAGAGGACGAGAAGAAGAAGAAGAAGGAGAACAAGAAGACAAAGAAGAAGAAGAAGAGCAAAGCUCCGGUGGAGGCGGAGGACGGAGCAGUGUUUUCUGACGAGCAGAUCCAGCCUCAGGUUCCUCUGUCUGGACACAAGACGGAGCUGUGACGUCCCGGAUCAGCUGAUCUGAGACUCUGAGACACUGAGUCCUGUUGCACUGUUCCAUCGUUCACUCUUUCAUUCCCACACAAUUGUCCUUUUAAGUUCACACGUUCUGUCAUUGUUACGUCUGUAAACCUCAACAUUCACACUCAACUCGGUGGAACUGUUGAGAACUUUUAUCUCCCUUUAAAUGAACGGUUUGAAGAAGGAACAAAAGUCUAGUUUGUAAAUCCACUCACUCUCUCACACCAAACCCCAUAGAGAAAAUCAGUGAUUUUAACAUCACAGCACACAGGAGUUAUUGAUCCACUGCUGCCUCCAUCACUAAGUUCAAAUGUCUUAUUUUGUAAAAUUCGGCAUUUGAAAAACUUUGUUCAGAUUCCCCUCUGUGACACAAAGUGACCACACGAGGCAGCAGUAGACCAGCAGCUCCUGUGUCCCUGUGAGCUUAAAAUCACUGACUUUCUCUAUGGGGUUUGGUGUGGGAGAGUGAGUGCUUUACAAACUUCAGUUUCCUGUUGGAAAAGUCUGUCUAACGUUGAGAUAAAGACGUGAACAUGUUUUUAAGACAUUGUAGACUUAGAUGUAUAUUUUUAUGAGCUGAGUUUUUUGGGCUCUGUGGCUAAAAUUCACUUUGAAUCAGUUUCACACUUCAAAAAGCCUGAACUGUCCCUUUUAUUUAACUAUUGUUCCCGUCGCUCAUUAGAACUUUAAAGAAUAGAAUAGAAUAGAAAAGAAUACAGGGUCAUUAGAUUAAAACACGGGUCAAAUAGACACAAAAGUUGACAUUCAUUAAACAUAUCUGGCGUUUUCUUUCCGUAGAAGACGAUUUAUUCAUCAGAAAAUCAACAUUUUUGUUCACUGUCUGUUGGAGUUUGCAGCAAUGAACCUUUCUUACUUUCUUAGGUAAAUACACACGUGUUUUUGUUCGUUUUUCAGUUACAUAUUGUGCCGAUCUUGUUUCUUUAAUUUAAAUAUUCCAUCUCUGACAAAGGGAACUGAAUCUUAUUUCCCUUUUCUUUUUUUGUUACGUUGAAGUCUCAGUUUCAGUGGAAUUCACCUUUAAUGAGUACAUGAGGUAUAUUUCCUAAGUCAGUAUUUUGUGUUGUUUCUUUAAAUCGUAUAAUUUAAUGUUCUAAGUUUAUUUAAUUUGUCUGUAUUUGCUGUUCAAAAGCUGCUAUUUGAGAAGUGUGUGUGUGUGUGUGUGUGAGUGUUGGGCUGAAAAUAAAAUAAAAAAAUCUGUGUUUUUUUACUGUUUAUUUUAAAUUAAAACAGUCUGUGUUAUAGUGGAGUUGCUUGUUUUACAGAUGUUCAAGUAAAAUAAGUACAAUUCUAAAUCAA